UAUUAAGACGGGUACACGUGCAUCCACCCAGCGUACAACUUACCUGCGCGUCCGCGUCUUCCCUCCCCUCGCGCGUGUGUAAGAGAAAGAGUGCGAGUGGAUCAUUGGUGCGUGUCACAACUUUUGAUGGAUUAGCCCACAUUUAAGUCCUCGGGUGCGGCUCACUUUCCUCAGUGAACUGAAAAGUUCGCAUCUCUACGAAACCGUUUUUCGCAUCAUUGUGAGAGCUGCGUAAAAACGCAAAGACAUCAUGCGCUUUCCUUCUUUUUCGUGGGUGUCCCUGUGUUCCGGAGGGAGCCACAUCGGGUUCGUCCCUGCGCUCUUAUCCGGGCUGGUGAUGCUGGCGGCCGCAGCAUCCACAGGUUGUCCCUCGUGCGCUCUGCCGGCGAUGGAAAAGCGCGCGGAGGAGAAAUACUUGAUCGAGAUCGCCAAACAACAGAUCCUCAACAAACUCAAUCUGCGCGAGAGACCCAACAUCACGCAUCCGUUGCCGCGCGCGGCGCUCAUGACAGCGCUGCGCAAGUUACACGCGGGGCGCGUGAGGCAGGACGGGACUCUCGAACUGGACAAUAAUUUUAACCCGCUCGUGGCUAACCAGGCGUACGAGAUAGUCAGUUUUGCUGAUGUGGAAGAUGAAGUCUCCACUGGUUUCAGCAACCAUCUGUCAUUCCAGUUCCUUCAGGAGAAAGGUCACAGUGUGCAAGUCCUACAGUCGUCUCUGUCGCUGUACGUGCAGCCGGCCGAGGGUUCGCACAACGGCGGGCACGUGACGGCUGAAAUCCACAUGUCAGGGAUUGGCGAUGGCAAUCGCACGCUGCUGGUUCAAAGGAGUGUGGAGGCCAAGCGGGGUGGGUGGCACACCUUCCCUGUUACCGGUGCCCUGCAGUCCUUCCUAGAUGGGGACCAGCGGAGUCUCCGUCUGGAAGUCCAGUGCGAGAAGGAAGGACGCAAUCUGUGCGGCCACGACGCCUCCGCAGACUCUUCCCAUCAACCGUUUCUGGUCGCCCAAGUGCGGUUGCGUGACGACGGCUCCAAACACGCCCUGAGCAAACGUUCGCUGAAGUGUGGCGAGGACCCCAGCGUGUGCUGUAAGAAAGACUUCUACAUUAAGUUCCGUGACAUCCAAUGGCAGGACUGGAUCAUCGCGCCAGAGGGCUACCACAUGAAUUACUGCAUGGGUCAGUGUCCACGGCACAUCUCCGGCUCACCUGGCAUUGCCUCGUCCUUCCACGCCACCGUCUUCAGCCAGCUGAAGGCCAACGGCAUCCACACGGCGGUCUCAUCCUGCUGCGUGCCCAUUCAGAGACGACCGCUCUCCAUGGUCUACUUCAACUCUCAGCAUAUCAUUGUUAAGACCGAUGUCCCGGACAUGAUCGUAGAGUCCUGCGGGUGCACAUAAAGAACAAUCAUGAGAUAACAAUAAAGUUUUUGUACAAUUGUGUUAUGCUGAUAAUAUCACUCAUAUUAAAUUUAGCCAUUUCUACAGAACUCUCUCACAGAUGUCAGAAUUUUGGACCCAGAGUAUUUGUACAUAAAUGACCAAAGUUUAUCAUGAGUCACAAGGAUGUGAAAUAUUUCAUCAUCAAGGACUUUUGUAGGCUUUUCAGGUUUUCUCGCUAGUAAAUGUUGAAAUGCUCAGGGAAUUCAAAGCCACUGUAAAAUCCAUAACGUGACACACUGUACUGAAUAAUGUCACCUGUGCACAGGCCACUGAUCUGAACUCAGCCCGGUUACCCAACGCCACAGGUAAACAUUUAGUUAUUGCCACACGCCCUGGCAAAGGUCUGCUGGCACAUCAGAAUCACAUCAAUGUUUUAAGGUAACAGAAAUCAGAUCAGACAGAAAAAUAAUAUUUCCUUCCUAAUAGUUCUCAAAGCUUUUUGACUUUUGUUUACGCUAAGCACUUGCAAAUGCAAUACAUGUGAGUACUGGCUUCUUUUAAGAGCCGUUUAUUCGUUUGAGAGAGAUGACAUUUUUUAAAUAAUUAAUAAUAUUAAUAAUAACUUCUAUUUAUUGAACAUCUAUCCAUAUGCUCAAGGUGUCUAUACAGGUAAUGUACAAUAAUCUACACUGUACAUGUUACAAAUGUAUUUUUGUAGCAUUUCAUCAUGUAGAUUUUGUCUUGCAUUGUUUCUCAUUGUGUUUUAAGCACUUCCUGUAGGCAUGCCUUUAAUAAGUUUAAUACUUUAAGUUUAAAGUUGCUUUAUUUUGCAUGUUUAGGCUUAAUCGUUUUUUCCUGCAUGUUUACAGUUUAAGCAUCACAUAAAUUUUUUCCUUGUGCUUGUUUCUUUAUUUAGAAACUUUAAGACUUAAACUUUCUCUUUCCAUCACAUGACAGUCAUUUAUCUGCAUCUGCACUUUACUCGUUGGAUAUUAAAUGUGUCUUUUUUUUUGUUUAAAUCAAAUCUGCAUUUAUGUGUGGGUUAGUUUUUCUUUUAUGUCAUUGUGUAGUUGUAAUACAGUAAUGUUCACAGUGUCAAUACUAUGGCGAACAUGAAAGCGUUUCACAGGAGUAUCUGCUCACACUGAGUGUAAUUUCUAUAAUUUUAUACUAAAGAAUUAUUUUCUAACAUGUCCGAUGAAAUCUGUACUGUACUUAACAUUGUAAUUUUGUUGACAAUGUGUAAUUUUCUAAAAAAAAUAAAAUAAAGAAAAACAUUUUGCCUACUGA